UGGGCUACCCGCGCUACAGUCUUCGACUUCAGCGCGAGAAGUAUCCUCCGGCAUCCCACCUCCAGAUUGUCGCCGUCGGUUUUAUCGGCCAUUGACAGACAGAAAGGGAAUAUGGGCGACGAUCGGAAGCGAAUCUUGAUAGGUUUGACGGUGGCGAUGUUCUUAGGAUUGGUGGUGUACAUGAAGCUUUGGACCAUCGACUACUCCAUGUCUUCCGAUGAAGCCGAACUUCUCAGGCGGCAGUUCGAUCUUGCGAACCGGGAGGCAAUGGAUGAAUCUGCGGAAUGGCGUCGUAUGUACGACCGCGAACUAGAUAGAGCUAAUAGAUGUAACAUUGAUCUAAACAAGCUUAAGGAAUCUUUUGAGAAGGUGGGGGAUGCUGCUAGAAUCAAUCAGAAGCUAACAAAGAUGCAAGAGGAAAACUUUGCUCUCCGCACACAAGUGGAUGCCUUACAGCGAAGGCUAGAGGCCGAGAAGUUGAGAUGUGGCUCUCAGUAGAGCUAAUCAACAGACACUGAGAAGAGUAAUAACAGCGAUUUCGAAUUAAGACGUCUAUAACAAAAGGUUGCUGGUCAUGGCUUCUGACGGGAACUGGGAAGUACUAAACCAAUGAUGAACUAAUGGUCACUCUCGCGCCGGGGUGUGAUUUUGUAGGUUUCUCUAUUCUCUUUGUUGUCUGCAAAGAGUGAAAGGGUUUGUCUGGACUUUGUAGGAGGAGGAGAUUAUGGUUGAACCUUGCUUUAAUAACCAAUUAAAGCUCAGGGGAAGGCUUCUGUUUAUUCUCAUAUUUCACUUCUGACUUUUGAGGAUUUGAUGGAUUGUUAAGACUCUCAAGUUUCGGCUGGCAUGGGGAAUGUUUGGGAGAGGAAUGACAAAAUGGAUAGAGGAAAGAGAAAUCCUCCCCAAUUUGAGCUACAAGCAAAGCAAUUACAGAAAGGUAAGAAAACAUGGAAGCUUCUUUUCAUGAAUCAAGUGUAUGUUUCAUCCUGUAGAUCAAUGUUUAGAAUUUAGACUCAGGAUUUUACUCUUUGCUUCCUUGUUUAGCAUCCAAGUGAUUCAAGAAUUACUUUGAAAUCCUGUUCAAAUUAGAAUGUGGAAAUGAUUUUAAAUCUUGUUGUUUUUA